AUGGCUUCUGAUGCCGUGCAUGUCUCGGUGGGGGUCUUUUUUCUGAGUUCCUUCUUUCUGACCGCAUCCUAUAAUACCACAUUUGCCUUCGAUCGCCCUGUCGACUCGGCAGUCUUGGUCUGCUUUUUUGUAGGAGCAGUAUGCGUAUAUAUAGGUCGCUAUAAUACAUUAUCGUCUCGGCCUGUCAAAUCGAUAAACAAGCGACUCGAAAUCCCGCUAUUUCAGCUCGAAGAAAUCGAAUCUCCAAACAGCAAUGACUUUGUAUCUCCUAUUCUAGGGUUCGGGGAAUUUAAGACAUGGAAAUACCGAUUAUGGUGCGAGCUUGGUCUACUACUAAGUGUAUGUUGUCUGAGAGUUGAACUUUUUCGCCGAAUUUCUCUCAGCAGCGAGUGUACACCUGCUGGUUAUUCAUACGCCAUCCCAUUGCUUGUUUCAGUUUACGACUAUUGGCGAAAUCAAAGGUCACGACCAAUAGACGAAUCUGCGCCGAUACGACAUCAGAGCUCGCAUACUCUGGCCGCCUACCGACAGAGCUGUUACGAUCGGACUCAAUACCGCGGUAGGGGUAUAGUUGCCGCCUUAUUGGUGGCAAUUGGCGGAUAUGCAGCAUCAUCAUUCCUGGCUAGUAGCCAGUCAACUUACAUCUGCCCUCUUACCACUCACGGAGCAUCGAGCAUGCGAACAAUUAGAUUCGUCAAUGUGAUACUGGACUCUUCUAUUUUAGUUGGAUUUAUCGAAUUGGGUCAUCGACGCCAGGCAGAAGUCAAAAGAAAGGGCGUUCUGGUAUCACUCGGUGUCGGUCUCAUUGGAAUUGCUGUAAUAUGGACUAUUAUAGGAUGUUUUGUCACACGAACCCGGCCUGAGCAAAGUGCACAGUUAUUCCUGGAUAUGAAGUACGUCAGAAGCACUUUAGGUCAAGUCUCCAUAGCGGUAUUGUUGAUUCUGUCAUCCUGGCAUCUGCUGUCGUAUGUUGGUAUUUUGGGAAUUACAAUCAUGGGAAGUUUCGUCCUCAUAUACUUUCCCUCGAUGGCGAUCUUGAUCUCCCAACCAAUGUCUUUCCCCUAUAUCUCAAUCAGUCGCGCCGCUAUAACCUUGGCAUUACCCUCACUGGGGUCUUGUAUAUUUCUGUUUUCAAGAAUUGUAUCAGGUGAAGAGUCGAAAUCGCUAUACCGCACCAACAUCAUCCUACAGAUAUUACUCGUCAUUCUUUGUGGAGUGGGCCUCGUAUUCGCCUCGAGCAAGCUCCAUCUUAUCUAUGAACAUCCAAUUGACGUACUCACACAUGAAGCAAGAGCCCAUUAUGAUCAAUUCAUUGCGCAAGCUGCCUCCAGCGACAAUCUUGGCCAUGCUCUCAUGGAAUAUCGCAGACGGUACAAUCAACAUCCUCCACCUGGGUUUGACAAGUGGUAUCAAUAUGCCACGAGCCGAUCUUCCGUCGUCAUCGACGAUUUUGAUUCAAUCUACAAUAACCUGCUCCCAUUCUGGGCAAUUAGUCCCGACCAGCUUCGAAGUAUGACACAUCAACUGGCAACAAAUCCUUUUAACGACCUUGGAGCAAUCAGCAUUCGAAACGGUACACCUCAAGUCCAAGAAGGUAUCAAACCAACCCAUGCGUGGAUGGUACAUGGUGCAGCAAAAAUGAUACAGAGUUUCUCCGAACACCUUCCCGAUAUGGAUAUUGUAUUGAACCUGAACGAUGAACCGCGAGUCGCAGUCCCGUGGGAAAGGAUAACGCCUAUGAAUUGGGAAGGGAAGCAGCAACAACCUAUUCCGAAGGAGACAGUCGUGGGCGAUUGGUCUAUCAACCGACAAGGUGGCUGGGGUCCUAUAUCGCCUCCUCACCAGACGAAUGAAACAGUCUUCACAGACGGUUCCUGGAGAGGUGUCUACGACACAUGCGUGAGCCUCACCUGUCCGCCUUCGUCCCGGGUACGCACGCAGCGUAUCUGGAACCGCCGUGAUCUAUGCCUCGACUGUGCAGAGCCCCAUUCACUAGGUCAAUUUCCUUUGAAUUUUGACGUGGCCACUGAUAUAUGCCAUCAGCCGGAUUUGGCAUUCCUCCAUGGGCUCUUGAUAUCGCCAUCGUCAUUCAAAGUAUCACAGGAUCUCGUGCCUAUUUUCAGCCAAAGCGCCAUCUCCGGAUUCAACGACAUUCUAUUCCCAAGCCCUUGGAACUAUAUGGAUAAAGUGAAGUACGCACCUUCUGAUCAAACUCCUGACCUGAAAUACGAGGACAAGGAAAACUCGCUUUACUGGGUUGGAAGUACAUCCGAGGGCUACAGCCGUUUUGGGGAGUAUAGAGGCAUGCCCAGACAGCGGCUCUCCCAUCUGGUAAAUAACAAUACCCAGAACCAGGUCUCAGUCCUCCUACCAGACGGACCCCUUGCAUAUAGAUACCGCACGAUGGAUGGAUCUGCACCAGCAGAGCAGCUCAACCUCCGCGCAAACGUCCACCUCCUCGGCCCAAUCGCCCGCUGCGGAGACUGCGACCUGCAACGCGACGAACUAGGUACAGGCCCACGAGUGGAUUUCCAAUCACACUGGUCGCAUCGAUAUUUGGUCGAUCUCGACGGAGCCGGGUUCAGCGGCCGCUUUCUUCCUUUCCUGCAGAGCCACAGUUUGCCUUUCCGGACUGGGCUCUUCAGGCAGUGGUUUGACGAGCGCAUGAUUUCUUGGCUGCAUUUCGUACCAGUUGACAUCCGUCUUCACGGGUUGUGGAGUACCCUGGCUUAUUUUGCGGGGGUGUCAAAUGAGAGUACGGUAAAUAUGGACGCACACACUGCUCAGGGGAUGUGGAUAGCAGAGCAAGGUCGCAAAUGGUCUGAGGUUGCCCUUCGCAAGGAAGAUAUGGAGAUUUACUUCUUUCGUCUCUUGCUUGAAUGGGGUCGUCUUACCGAUGAUAAGAGGGAUGUAUUGGGGUAUAAUUGA